UCGACAAAACCACCGCUUAGGCAGAGGGGGGGGAACAUGGGAUCAGUUGGCGACGAACUUCUUGUAGCCCGCCUGCGCGCAGAUGAAUCGCGUCGAUGGCGUCUUGGGCGGCUCCGAAGUGGGCUCAGCCGCGAGACCGCGGGACGCGUCGGAUCACAAAGACUGGAAAAGGGGACGCGGGAAACACACCAGGCCGACGACGGCGGCGCCGGCGAGCUUCUUCGUUGGGACCGAGCCGCCGGCGGCCGUCGCGGCGUCGGGCAGGUGCCGCGUCGACACGGCCUCGAGGAGCCGCUCGGCCGACGGCGCGCCUGCGGCCGCGCGGGUCGGCGUCGACGGCGUCCGGCGGGGUCCUCUCGCCACGCACGGAGUGCCGCGAGAACGCGCGACGCGAGGACGAGCAAAGAGCAAAAGGACACCGCAAGCGAACCGGGCAGCGCGGCGACGACGUCGACGAGGCGCAGCGACCGCAGCGCGGCCAGGCUCCUGCGCGGGAGGGUUGCGUUCGCGUCGCGACGGAGUCGGGACUUCGGACGCGGCUCCGUACAGCGUGGGAAACGAAAACGGGACGGCUCCUCGCAGCGCCGAGUCCGCGGGCAGGAAGCACGCCAGGACCGCGAUGAUCACGACGCCCAGCGCGAGUUUCAGCGGGCUCGCGCCGCCCGACGCCGCACCGUUGGCGGAGGUGCCCUUCUUGGGCAGCGUCCAGCUGGACACGCCCGUGCGUUCGUUGACGUAGUAGGUGUUGCCCGAGGCCGGGUCGACGUGGGCGUUCCAGCGGUUCCCAUCACCGUCCAGCACCAUCGUGGCGGCGGCGUCGAUUCCUCGGCC